AUGAGUCACAAGCUGACACGUGUUGUGCGGCCCCCGGCCAUGUCGCUGGAUGAGCUGAAGGCUUAUCUAGUGUCUCAGCACCCCGAGCUCGCGGAAGACCCAAAGCAUCGACCCCAUGCAGUUCACGAUUGUGUGGAGGUCUUCGGUCAGUCGGGGGCUAUUCAAAGUGGCUUCAGGAAAUAUGGUAUGUCAGCGGCAGCUUUCGACUACAGAGUCUUGGCUGUCAGACUUUCUCCUGAGCACAAUGUGCACGAAGUGAAGGGCCUGAAGAUCCUCGCCAACCUGUUGUACGAGGCGAAGGAGCUGUGGGGGACUUCCAGUUCCAAGCCAGUUGUGGUUGGGAAUGCCAAAGCUGAAGUCACAACGACCGUUGUCAUGCCGUUGGCAGAGUGGCUUGGGCUUGAGGAUGCUACAGAGCAGCCUGACAGCAGCCUUAUGCUGAAGUGGCCUGGCUAUGAGGAGUGGAUGCGAAUCUUGGAUGAGAGGUAUGCCCUCUACAAGACCCGAGUGAAGUUGGGUGCCUUCGGAGGACUGAGCUGGAAGGGCCUUAAAUUGGCUGGUGCUUGGGGAGGCAUUGAAUUGCUGGAGAUGGUGUACCAGCUUUUGUGGUGGAUCACCUCGAACCAUUUGACCCAGUUCAGCGCCCUUUACCCUGGUGACUUUGGCGAUUGCAUUGCAUGGGCCCACAAGGUGAAGAAUGAGCUGGCGCACUUCGCCUUUAUGGGUGAGGCUGAGCUCUAUGUUGGUUCGCUGGUGAUUCGUGGUUUCCCCUCGGUUCAAGAGGUGGUGCAUGCUGCUGAGGAGAAGUGCAAGUCAAUGGGUGGUUCCAUUGACACUGACCCUGGCUGGGAGGAUGCAGAUCGCUGGGUCACUGCCCCAAUUCCUAGGAAGGUUGUUCGACAGUGGCUGAGAGAGAAGCGAGAGCGUGUCGAGGAUGAGGCGCACGCUAGGAAGGUCCAGAAGGGGAUCAAAAAGAAAGGGUCCCCACGAAAACAGGAGAAACAAUUGAAGGGUCCCGGUCCCAAGACAGUGACCAAGUCUUGUGAGAAGACCACCAAAGUUGAGAACACCAGCAAAACAUCGAGGACUACCCGUGGCUCAGCCAAGCACAUUAAGGACAAGCAGUCCCAAGUGGCUAAGGCUAUUCCUAUGCAAGCGAGAUGCGCAGAAGUCUUGGCGUGGAGGUUUGCCUUCACCUUGGCCAUUGGAUUGACGCUGAUGAGAAGAUUCAGCAGUAGCCCGAAAGGAGGACGCAGGAAAGCCAAGAGCCUGAAGCUGACCUCCAAGCAUGUGAAGAUCUCCGACCUUCGCUGCGCACACGUUGCCACAAUUUUGGCGUUCCAGCACGGGUCUCUCUCUCCACAAAGUCUGAUGACAGUUGGGGGUGAGUGCUACGAACUUCGGAAACAUUCCCUCAACAAUCUCAAAUUGACAGAGUCCACCCGAGCACUGGAAUUGCGAGUUGAUUUGACAAAGGAGGUUCAUCACUACGAGAAAAAGUGGAGGGACAGACUUCUCAACCUUUUGGAAGCAGGUCUCAUUUAUUUCAAGACCAUCAAGACAGUGGCCACUGAGCUCAAGGAAAGGCUCGAAAAUCCAGACACAGGUGCCCAAUUCCUGGUGAAGCUCAAGCAGAGCAUCAGUGAUUUCAAGGAGGAGUACCGAUAUGAUGGCACCCUGGAUGGCGUUCGCGUUGGUCGGUUUGCCCCCAAGCCACGUCUGGGGACAGGCACUGAUGGCACUAGCGAACCAGAGAAAUCCCCAUCCAACCAGCAGAACGUGAUGGAAGACAAGAUGAUCAGCUUCUUUCAAAAAGAACUCAACUCAUCCUUCAAACAGUUGGGGGAGCAAAGGCUUUUCAUCAAGGAAACGUGCAAUGACCUACUGGAUGCAGUUGAACAUGGCUGGACACCUUCGGUACAGUCUGUGGGCCAGGCAGCAAAGGAAGUCUUACUCUUGAUGACUUGGAUUGCUCGCAAAAAUGGAGAAUCGUUUGCCAAGGCUUUGAAGGAAGAUCUAGCCAACCAGCGACAGCGUUGGGAAGAGUGCGUGAAGGUUGCAGGAGCGACCUGUGCCGAGAAGAAAGCGGAGGAGCCCCCAAAGGCCAAGGAGGGUGAGCCUACACCCCAGCCGGGGGGGCUGGCCAACAUGAACCUCGAGGAUGGUCAGGAUGAUCUUGACAAGUGA